AUGCCACCCCGGAAACGCCGUGCUGCGUCGCCGCCUGCAGAGGCCGAGAAAGCGCCCAGCCGGCGGUCCCGGCGCGUCUCGAGCACGCCCAAGAAGAGCAGUUACUUCGAGGACCGGGACGACGACGACCAUGAUUAUGAAGGCGAUGCCAAGGCCGAAGAUGAGAGCGAUGUGCCCGAGAGUGAGGUUGAUGACGAUGAGGAAGAGGACCCGCCUAAGAAGCGUGGACGGGGAGGGCCCAAGGUUCAAGUCGCGAAACCCAAGGUUCAAAAUGUAAAAUCCAAGGUCAAGACACCACAAAAGACUACGGGCGCGAGGGCUGUGAAGAAGCAAAAAGUUGAAGAGUCCGAGGACGACUACCAAGACAAACAGCUCGACGAAGAUGACAAAGGGGAAGAGGACGAGGACGAGGACGACUUCGAGGGUGAGAGGGUCACCUUUAUUCCGCACGUGAAGCUCCGGCCCCUAGACGGCAUGGAUUACUCGGACGACACUGUGCACAAGAACACAAUCCUUUUCUUGAAGGACCUGAAGGCUCACAACCAGAGGUCGUGGCUCAAAAGUAGACUCCACUCGCAUUCACUCUUGGCCCGAAGGAAAUCUAACACCGUCGCAGGCCACGACGCCGAAUACAGACGUGCGCUCAAGGACUGGAACUCGUUCGUCGAGACAAUCUCCCCCAAGAUCACCGAGAUCGACUUCACAGUUCCCGAGCUGCCAGCCAAAGACCUGGUUUUCCGGAUUCAUCGUGACAUUCGUUUCAGCAAGGACCCGACUCCUUACAAGGCGCACUUCUCUGCCGCAUGGUCAAGGACGGGGAAGAAAGGCCCGUACGCCUGCUACUACAUCCACCUGCAGCCAGGCUCUUGCUUCGUCGGCGGCGGCUUGUGGUGUCCCGAGGCAUCGCAUCUGCAAAAGCUGAGGGCGAGCAUCGACGAGCGGCCGCAACGUUGGCGUAGGGCGUUGAAUGACGAGAGGUUCAAGAGCACUUUUCUGCCCAAGGCAGCCAAGAAAGGGGGCGACGAGGCGGCUUUAAAGGCGUUUGCUGAGACAAACAAGGGCAACGCGCUGAAGACCAAACCGAAGGGAUACUUGGUGGACCAUCGCGAUAUCGAGCUGUUGAAGUUGCGAAACUUCACUAUGAGCAAGAAGGUCGAUGACCAGAUCUUCACCAAGGAAGACGCCCAGGAGAAGGUCUGCGAGAUCAUCUCAGCCAUGCACCCAUUUAUCACCUUCUUGAACAGAAUUGUCAUGCCCGAUCUUGACGACGAGGACGACAGCGAAGACGAAGACGGGGACGAAGAUGACCUGGAUGAUGGCCAGGAGAAUGACGAUGCCGAAGAAAACGGCAAUCCCGAGGAGACUGACGACGAGGAAGAGGGGGAGGGCAAGGACUGGAGUACGCACAAGUUUUGA